GGGACAGAAACUGCUGCAGCUGCUGCUAAGUGGAAGCAAAGAAGCGCCCGCAAACGCGAUUGCCAUGCCCAAACUCACCGUUGAGCAGAUGAAGGAAGUUGGGGAGCAGUUUAUACAGUUCCUGCAAAACUCUGGCAGGCAAGCAGUGAACAAUAAAGAGGCACUGAAGAACGUCUAUAACCAGGAGUUCCGGUACAGAGAUAACGCAAGAAGACCUAACUUCUCCACAGUGCUCUUUGCACUAAACCUGUACGGCCGUGCUACAAUCCAUAAGAAGACAGUGACAUUUGGAAAGGUGAAGAAGAAGAAAGUACAGCUUGCUGAUCAGUACUGGAAACCAAGGAAUGAUGCUGGAGAUCAGCCUUCCCAGGAUCAAAGCCCAGGUGCUGGCACACCUCCCCGCAGAUCACGUGCUAAGGACAAAGCUGAAUUUGUCUCCAUGAAGCACGGGGUGGACAUUGUUUCCACUUGUGACAAGGGGAAUGGUAAAAUCCAAGUGCAUUUAUCUCCUAAUGAGAGCAAGAUGAUCCGCGUUGAGAUAAAGAAUAGUGGGACAAAUGAAGUUACGCUGAACAAGUACAAAAAAAUACCUAGACGGCGUGAAAUCACCUUUGUGGUUUCUAACCCCCCACCUGUGAAGCUACUACCAGGAACAACAUGUGAGAUCCUGUUGCGCUGUCAGACCCAGGACUAUGGCUGCUUUCCUGUUAUCAUGAUGUUUGAGUUCACCAGUGAGCAGACCGGGCCCUUCGUCAUUGGACGUUUUGUGUCUGCUGUUGCCAAUAGCAAAUUAGCGGAACAGCUGGGUCCUUCAGCCCCCUAUCAGCCCUACCAAGCCAAACUGCACAAACCACAGAUCGUUACCAUAGAGGGAGGCAUCCCACCAAGCAGCUCUUUGCAUUAUGACACUAAGCCGAAAAUACCUCUGGGAUCCUACAGUUACCCACCAGAGUUGAAGAACCUGGUUAAUUGCCUGAAUGGAGGUCAAGCAACCAAUGAUGGCACUCGUGAAAAAGUGGCCCAGUUCCAGAGCAAUCUGAAAGCCACCCUGCAGUUUGACAACUAUAGCAAGAAGUUUUGUCUGCUUCUUCACAUGGAAGAGAUCCAAAUGGAGGUGGACAUCCACCGAUAUGAUAUGCACGGUGUUCCAAUGGUUGCAGACAAUGAUAGGAAACUCCUUGUCCUGAAGGUUCCCGGCGUGGCAGAGAACCGCCCAUCAGUAUUGAAAGGUGAUUAUCUUCUUGCGACGUUGGCCGAAGAACCCACUCGGAAUCCAGUUGUCCAUUAUCAGGGCUAUGUUCAUGAUGUGGAGCUGGAGAAACUCAAGCUGGGCUUCUCUGAAAAACUGCGUUCUAUUUUCAUCAAGAACAUGAAGUUUGAUGUGACGUUCACCUUCAACCGCCUGCCAUUACGCGUCCAGCAUCGUGCUGCUCUUCUUGCCCAGAAGAAGGGGCUGCGCCAUCUGCUCUUCCCGUCUCUGUCCUACGAGAAAUCCCUUCUCUCUGCUGACCAGCACCUCAGACUGUAUGACUCCAACCUUGAGAAGAAUGAGGAGCAGAGAAAAGCUAUCCAUCAGGUGGUGGCAGGCACUUCCAGACCAGCCCCAUACCUUAUAUUUGGACCUCCAGGCACUGGCAAGACAGUCACUAUGGUGGAGGCCAUCAAACAGGUACUGUGCUGCAUUGAGGAUUCCCACGUGCUUGCCUGCGCCCCCUCCAACAGUGCCUCUGACCUGCUAUGCCAACUCCUCAUGAAACAUGUGGAGAAGAGGAAGAUCUACAGGUUAAACGCUAGCAGCAGGGAAUACCGCACAAUCCCUGAGGAUAUCAAGCCUGUCUGUAACUGGGAUAAGGAGAAGAAGUGUCCAGUCUUUCCCGAGAAAGAGGAGCUGCAAAACUACCAAGUGAUUGUUACUACCCUGGUGACAGCAGGAAGAUUGGUUUCAGCUGGUUUUCCUCCGGGACAUUUUUCUCAUGUCUUCAUUGAUGAAAGUGGUCAUGCUGUUGAAACUGAGAGCCUGGUCGCUAUUGCAGGUAUCUUAGCCGUAAUGGACCCAGAGAAGAAUGCUAAAGGAGGCCAGCUAGUUUUGGCAGGGGAUCCCCAGCAACUGGGUCCAAUCCUGAGGUCUCCUCUGGCUAUUGAGCAUGGCUUGGGGCUUUCGCUGCUGGAGCGGCUGAUGCAGCACAAUGCGCUGUACCAAAAGGAGGACGGGGGCUACAACCCGCAGUUUGUCACUAAGCUUCUGCGCAACUACAGGUCCCAUGCUGCCAUCCUCAAGUUCCCAAAUGAGAAGUUCUACGAUGGGGAGCUGCAGGAGCAUGCCGACCAUCUCAUCACUCAUUCCUUCUGCAACUGGAAAGAACUGGUCAAAGAGGGCUUCCCCAUCAUCUUUCAUGGAGUCUGUGGGGAAGACCAGAGGGAAGAGAAGAGCCCUUCUUUUUUCAACACUGCUGAGAUUAACGUGCUGAUCAGCUACCUCAAGAAACUGCUCCUGGAAGACCAGGGCAAGAAAGGCCAGUCUCGAAUUUUGCCCAAAGAGAUUGGUGUCAUCUCACCGUACAGGAAGCAGGUGGAGAAGAUAAGACAAGCCAUAAAUAUGGAACUAAAGAACCUGAAGAAUAUCAAGGAUUUAAAGGUGGGCUCUGUGGAGGAAUUCCAGGGUCAGGAGCGGCGUGUGAUAAUCAUUUCAACAGUGCGCAGCAACAGUGAUUACGUCAAUAUGGAUGAAAAGUUCAGGCUUGGCUUCCUCAAGAACCCCAAGCGCUUCAAUGUGGCCGUUACAAGAGCCAAAGCACUCUUGAUCAUCAUAGGCAAUCCCAUUACUCUCAGCAAGGAUCUCAUGUGGGGCGAGUUUCUCACGUACUGCAGGGACAACAGUGCUUACCGAGGAUAUCAAUAUGUGGAGGAUGAGAAUGAAGAGCUUGUAGUGCUGGCAUCAGAACUCCAUUCUCUCAGCUUGGAUACACAGCCAGCAGGCAAUGACUUAAGAGAGAGUUACGUCCAGCAGCAAGUGGAGCCAGAAUGGAGACAUGAGCACUGAGGCCCUGUGCUGCCCUCAUUUUGGUGCUGCUGCCCUCUGCAUUCUUGAAUGUCAUUUCUCUUUCUGCUGUUUACAUAUUGAAAAAGUAGAUAAUAGCCCAAUUAAACAAACCAUGUUUGGGCUCCUUAUGGUUUCUCAAGAGUAGCCGCCAGUGCCCAGAAUUAUGCACAGAAAUCCCAAAUUUCUGUGGUUAGGAAAUCCUAAUUGUGCAAUAGGAGUAUACUGUAAUGUUUACGUAUAAUAAUUUAAUGCAAUGUAAAUUCAUUUUCCUGUGUAUGUAGUAGGGAGGACAGAGAAAAGAUUUAUCUUUUUUUAAAAAACACACACCUUGGAAGCAAUAGAUUAUAACGGAAGUAGAAAUGAGAAAGUGGUGACUUAAGACUACGGAAUACCAAUGAGUAGAGAGAUUCAUUCCGCCCCCGCCUCCCAGCACUGAUUGUUUGGGAGGGUUUUUUGAAAUUAUGACAGGAAGACGCCACACAGAUUUUUGAUGUUUCGGAGAAUGACGAUUAGAUUUCUAUUUCCAGAUAACUUAAAAAUUUAUCAAGAACUGACUUGGGGCUCGGGAUGAAGCUUAUUGCUCUUUCCAAGACAAUCAGGUUUUAUUAUCAUGUGUUUUUUGUACUGAACUGAUUAAAGUUUACAAGAAUUAA